UUUUCAAAGGAAUUCUAAUGUACAGUGAACAAUUAGCUCCAUGCACUCUUCAUCAAUAAUGUGUUUUCAUAUCUAUAUAAACGGACUCGUAGCUUCCUUUCAUUUUCAUCUCAGCAUCUGUCUCUCUUUAUUCAUCUUACAGAUUGAGCAUAAACGUUAUACGAACAUAUCAACCAAACUUCAUUUCAGCGCAAAAUGGAUAGAGGGCUCUCCAUUCCAUUUCGAGUUUACGAGGAAUUUCAACCGUUGUCCUCUCUUAAACACGAAGACAGCUCUGAUACCCUCUCCUUGACUCUUCCUGGUUACAGGAAGGAACAAAUAAAGGUACAAAUUGAUAGUUUUGGAACAUUGAAAAUCACCGGAGAAAGACCUCUAGGAGUUAGUAACAAAUGGAGUCAAUUUCGAAAGGAUUUUCGAACCCCUGCAAACUGUAAAACCGGUGAAAUACGAGCAAAAUUUGAGAAUGAAGUCCUUAAUAUUAUCAUGCCAAAAACAACAACUGGUCAACCUCCUACACCUGCAGUAAAUGUUACGUCUACUUCUCGUCCAUCUGAUCAAGUAGCACCUCCAACAUCAGCUAAUCCUACCCCGAAAACUACUACCACAACACCAACUCAUGAUCACAAACCGACUUCUACUGAAUCACCGAAACUUCCACCACCACACCCACCACCACCAAUGGUAGCUCCACCGAGCCAGAAGCUAGCUACUGAGGCAAGAGUUUCACCAAACAAACCGGUGGCUCCACCAUGUCGGAAACCAGCUGAUGAGGCAAAUUUUUCGCCCAUGAAACCAGUAGCUCCACCAAAUCAGAAACCGGUCCCCGAGCCAAUUUUACCGACACCAAAACCUCAAGUGCUGGCUCAGAUGCCAGCUGGAACAAAUGCAGAAGCUUUAUUACCAAGAAAAAACCCAGCUCAUGAUUAUGAAGACAGGAAGACAACGAAAACUGAGCAUCAUCAUCAUCACCAUAAUGCAGAGGAGAAGAAAAAUUGGACUAGUAGUAGUAGUGCUAGUGGCAGCAGUAGUAGUAAUAAUACUAGUUCUGAUGAUGAUUCUGAUGAUGAGCAUAAGCAUGGGCAUGGGCAUGAGCAUGAGCAUGCUGGGAAGGGCAAGAAAGAAGACGAGAUAGAGAAUUACGUUCACGGCGGCGACGGUGCUGUUGUUGGAAAACUAAAGAAGAAAAAGGAUGAAUUAAUACAGAAGAUGAGUGAUUAUCGCCGUCAAAGUGGUGGUGCUACUGGAGGAGGAAUGAAUAUGACGUCAAUGAUGGAAAAUUAUAAACAUAAAUUCGAAGGAUUUAUGAUGGAAAUGAAGAAAAAGAAGAAUCCAUCUACCAAUGAUGGUGAGAUUAGUAGAUCAGAUUUGGUGGUGAACAUGGCAGUGGCAAGUCUUGUCGUGGUCGCACUCGGGGUUUAUGUUACAUGGAGUUUCAAGUCAAUCCACUUGGAAUAAACGAAUUGACUUAAACAAAAGAAGUCAAUGCUAUAUAUAAAUGUAUACUAUCAAUAAUUGUGCAAAAUAAAUAAAUUUACUCUUCAUUUGAUGAGUAAAUGAAUUUGAAGUUGAACCAAUGUAGUAUAUUCUUAUGAAACAUUGGAAAUGAGAACAGAAUUUAAUGGAAAAACUCCUUGGUUAUUGUAAA